GGGGAAUAACAAGACACUUUUUUCACUCACAUUCAAAGUGUUAAACAGUAAAGACAAAACUGAAUAAAAUCAAAUCGAAAUUUUCCAAAAUCUGUGCGGACAAAACCUAAAGAUCAUGCCUUUGCGACGAAGCACCCGCAUUAGGAAUGAGCUUUCUGCCACCCAAGAUGAUACUAGUAGCGCCGUACAACGUCCUGCAACCGACCGCGUAAGGAAUCGGCGUGCUGCCACAGCCACCCGAAUUGCUACUAGUAGCGCCGUACAACGUCCUGCAACCCACCGUGCUGCCAGGGCUGCCACAGCCACCCGAAUUGCUACUCGUAGCGCAGUACAGCGUCCUGCAACCCACCGUGCUGCCAGGGCUGCCACCGCCACCCGAAAUGCUACUAGUAGCGCCGCACAACGUUCUGCAACCCACCGUGCUGCCAGGGCUGCCACCGCCACCCGAAAUGCUACUAGUAGCGCCGCACAACGUUCUGCAACCCACCGUGCUGCCAGGGCUGCCACCGCCCCCCGAUAUGCUACUCGUAGCGCAGUACAGCGUCCUGCAACCCACCGUGCUGCCAGGGCUGCCACCGCCACCCGAAAUGCUACUAGUAGCGCCGCACAACGUUCUGCAACCCACCGUGCUGCCAGGGCUGCCACCGCCACCCGAAAUGCUACUAGUAGCGCCGCACAACGACCUGCAACCCACCGUGCUGCCAGGGCUGCCACCGCCACCCGAAAUGCUACUAGUAGCGCCGCACAACGUUCUGCAACCCACCGUGCUGCCAGGGCUGCCACCGCCACCCGAAAUGCUACUAGUAGCGCCGCACCACGACCUGCAACCCACCGUGCUGCCAGGGCUGCCACCGCCACCCGAAAUGCUACCAGUAGCGCUGCACAAAGUCCUGCAACCCAUGCUGCUGUCAGUGCUGCUGUACAGCGUUUUCAUCUUCAAGCUCAAGAAAUGUAUUUUCGGAUGAACGCAAAUGACACUGAACUUCCACAGCGCCUACCCGUCUACAGGCCACAGAAUCUGGAGCGUUUUCCUCCGCCUCAGUCUCGGGGCGGUGGCGCCAAUGGACGCCUUAGUCGUGAGCUGAACGAAAUAAUGCUCAAUCCAACGGA